UUUACAAUUUGCUGGUCAUCCGUGGAAUUUUGUUUCAUCUAGGUAAUUUUGCAAAUUUAAAUCUUUUUUCGUAUUAAAACCAGUAUAAUACGUGGAACAACAUACUAUUUUUAAAAUUUUGCAGUUAUUUAAUUUGUGUGCGGAAUUGAAAGAUGUCGCGUGGUAGUUCAGCCGGCUUUGACAGACAUAUUACUAUUUUUUCGCCUGAGGGUCGCCUCUACCAAGUGGAGUAUGCCUUCAAGUCUAUUGAUCAUGAAGGUCUUACAUCGGUGGCGUUGAAAGGCAAAGACUGCGCGGUAGUAGCCACACAAAAAAAGGUUGCGGAGAAGCUAAUUGAUCCGGAAACUGUAACACACUUAUUUCGUAUCACUAAAAAUAUUGGCUGUGUUAUGACAGGGCGCAUAUCUGAUAGCCGUUCCCAAGUGCAAAAAGCUCGCUACGAAGCUGCAAACUUCCGUUACAAAUUCGGCUAUGAUAUACCCGUAGAUGUUUUAUGUCGCCGUAUAGCAGAUGUUAAUCAAGUGUAUACCCAGAAUGCGGAAAUGCGCCCGCUAGCAUGCAGUAUGGUGCUUAUUGCUUACGAUGAUGAGUUGGGACCUGCUGUCUAUAAGACCGAUCCUGCUGGCUAUUAUUGUGGCCUAAAAGCUGUAGCUGUCGGUGUAAAACAACAAGAUGCCAGAAGUUAUUUGGAGAAAAAAUACAAAAGUGAUUUAUCAACGGAGAAGGCAAUACAAUUAGCUAUUACAUGUUUGUGCCAAGUUCUGCAGGUCGACUUCAAGCCAAAUGGUAUUGAAAUUGGAAUUGUCACCAAGGACUCGCCACAAUUUACAGUGUUAGAUGAAAAAGAAAUUGAGGAUCACUUGACAAAGAUAGCAGAGAAGGAUUAAUUUAGCUGAAGUGAAUUUGUGCUUUUCAUAAGAUUUUAAUUUUUGGUUGAUUUGGCGAAAUCAACUUUUGAUUGCUGGCCAAAAAUAAAAUGCGCUAUAAUGAGGAAAAUA